UGCUGCUAGAGUGCUGGUAUUAAUACUCUGUCUGGUGUUCGUUGUAGGAAGGGAGAUGGCCGGGAGAGAGGACGGCGGAGGCGGCGCCGGCGCCAUGGAAGAAGGGCGCGACGCGGGGCGGCAGCCAAGGUACGAGAGCUCGGAGGAUGGAGGCGGUGGCAGCGACAGAUGCAGCGGCGGCAACGACAUGAUGUCCGUCCAGUUCAUGCAGAAGAUUAUCGCGGAGAUCCUGGGGACCUACUUCAUGAUCUUCGCCGGCUGUGGCUCGGUGGUGGUGAACCUGAGCACGGCGGGCACGGUGACGUUCCCGGGCAUCUGCGCCGUGUGGGGGCUGGUGGUGAUGGUUCUCGUCUACUCCGUCGGCCACAUCUCCGGCGCGCACUUCAACCCCGCCGUCACCGUCGCCUUCGCCACGUGUGGCCGCUUCCCCUGGAAGCAGGUGCCGUCGUAUGCGGUGGCCCAGGUGCUGGGAUCGACGCUGGCCAGCCUGACGCUGCGCGUGGUGUUCGGCGGCGCGACGGCGAGGGAGCACUUCUUCGGGACGGCGCCGUCGGGGUCGGACGCGCAGGCGGUGGCGCUCGAGUUCCUCAUCUCCUUCUACCUCAUGUUCGUCGUCUCCGGCGUCGCCACCGACAACAGAGCGAUCGGGGAACUGGCUGGGCUCGCCGUUGGUGCCACCGUCCUGCUCAACGUGCUCUUCGCCGGGCCCAUUACGGGGGCGUCGAUGAACCCGGCGCGGACCUUGGGCCCAGCGAUCGUGGCAGGCCGGUACAGGAGCAUCUGGGUGUACGUGGUUGGGCCGGUGUGCGGGACGGUGGCGGGCGCGUGGGCCUAUAACCUGGUCCGCUUCACCGACAAGCCGCUCCGCGAGAUCACCAAGAGCGGCUCGUUCCUCAGGAGCGCGCGCAUCAACGGUUAAACCGCACGUAACAGUCAGCUAGUGUGCCGUAGUGCGCAUUAGCUGACGAUGCUUCCCACGAAUUUUCAGCUAAAGUACCCAAUUAGGAAAAAUUCUGUACUAUUAGUGUCUUCGACACUAUUUGGAAAAUUUCUUGUGAACGAAAAAGAAUCCAGAAUUCAAAAAACCCCUUGUUUGUCAGCUUAGCAAGGAUUCUGCAUUAUUAUAUUUUUUGCUUGGCGCAUUGCAUCAG